CCAAUCCAGGUCUACCUUCUAUCCACCAAAAUCAAAAUAAAAAACUUUCACACAUCUUCGACACAUCUGCCAGGCGUACCAUUGGAGCAAUUAUGGCCCCAAACAGCAGCAGCCGCCGACGACUGAGGCCGAAUAUACUAAUAACGGGAACGCCGGGCACGGGGAAGACGACGACGGCGUCUGCUCUCGCGGACGCGGCUCAGCUUCGCCACAUAAACAUUGGCGAUCUAGUCAAAGUGAAGAACUUGCACGACGGCUGGGACGAUGAGCUCGACUGUUUCAUCAUCAACGAAGACCUUGUGUGUGAUGAACUUGAGGAUAUGAUGGAACAAGGCGGAAAUAUUAUUGAUUAUCACGGAUGUGACUUCUUUCCAGAACGUUGGUUUGAUCGUGUUGUUGUUCUUCAAACUGAGAAUUCUUUUUUGUUUGAUCGCUUGAAACAGAGGGGUUACUCAGAUGCAAAACUUUCAAAUAACAUAGAAUGUGAAAUUUUCCAAGUGUUACUGGAGGAGGCAAAAGAGAGUUAUAGAGAGGAAAUUGUGUUUGCAUUAACGAAUAACUCCAUUGAGGAUAUUGCCAGGAAUGUUGAGACCCUUGCUAAUUGGGUUUCCAGCUGGAACAGCACAUUGUAAGAUUGUACUUAAUUUGUUUUCAUAGAAAUCUAUGAUUUUGCAGAAUGUUAUUGUCCCAGAGUAGUGUUUAUGUAGUAUUUGUGGAUCAUAUGUAUUACUUUUCUGGAAUUUCAUAGAACUGCUUCGUUUUGGAAAUCUAGCCAAUGUUUCUUGUAUGGACCUGAAUAUGUUAAAAAUGCACUAAAACAGAUAUACAAAAAAUGCCACGGCAUCUGGUGACUUGGACUGCCAGUAUGGGAUCCUUUUCUUCAUCGGCUUUGCCAAUCUUGAGCGGUGACAGAUUGUUAAGCUGGUUGACCUCUACUUCGGUAAUUUGAUGCAGGUCAAUGUCAGCUUCCACCACUGCAAGCAGAGCUCCCUGGUCGCAGCAAUCGACCAAGUGGUCUUCCUUAGUUCCUUGAUGUACCUUCUGGCAAAAGGGUAAACUGUAACAGCACUUUGGUCAUGGAUUCUUCCAGGUGUUUGAGCUUCCGGGUGAGGUCUGGCACAAGAAGAAGAAGAAGAAUUGAUCGAUAAGGCUGAUAGCAAUGGGAAGGGGGGGAAAGGCAAAUGGGAAGUUUUCACCCCAAAAUUGGAUGCAACCCAAGUCAAUUUUCCUAUAGCAAGGUCUGAGAGUGAUUUAGUGAAACAUUGGGGAGGGAGAUUUAGCCAGCCAAUCCACCCCGGCCCCAUUGCUUGGCUGCUGAUUGAUGCAAUCUAGGCUCCAGCGGCUGGUAACGCGCCUGACAUGUGACAUGCAAAGGGGCUAUUUUGUGGACAUGGUAUGCGUGUGCAUCUUCGUGGGCAAUUUGUGGGUGAGUGUAGGUGUAGGCUGUGUAGCGAUUAAUCUUCCUCCAUCCUGUUUGCUUUGUGCAGCUAGGCUUAUUAAAAAAAGAACUUUUGUAGCAAGAUCCAACUGCAAGAAAUCAUUGGCGCUCAAAAAAAUUAUUGUACUUAAAUCCAAUGACUGAAAAUUACAUCCAAUGGAUGAAAUAAUUAAUUUUAUUUUUUGAUUAAUAUUUUUCAAAUAUUG